AUCGUUUGUGCAUAUCCGAAAUGUGGAAGUCACUGGCUUUCCCAGGUCCUCUCUAUGCUACGAAACGGGUCCAUCCAGUAUUCAGAACUGAUCCUGGCGUCCAGAAUGAUUGACUUCGCCUGCAAGAAAGGACUGGAAGCACUGCAUCCACCACGAAUCCUACACACACAUCUUCCUCUGCGCAUGCUCCCCAAACAGGUCUUGGACAAGAAAAUCAAAUGUGUCCAGAUUCUGCGCAAUCCGAAGGAUGUCUGUGUGUCGUUCUUCAACCACGCAAAGAGGGUUGCACCUCCUGAAACAUACCAAGGGAACUUUCAUGAAUUUACAGAUGCUUUCUUCACCGAACAAAUGCCAUAUGGGAGGUACGAUGACUAUUUGUUAAGCUGGAAGGCUGACGUGUCCAGGUUCCCAGACCUCCCAUUUCUUUGUUUCUUCUAUGAGGACAUGAAAGUGCAUCCCUUAAAGUGCGUGAAGGAACUUCGUGCGUUUCUGGGGCUUAACAUCACAGACGCAUUCUGCGAGGCUGUGGUCGAGGCCUGUUCGUUUGAUAAGUUGAAGAUGAAAGAAAGAACGGGCAUGAAAGAUGGUGCUGUCGUGAGCAUCUGGAAGGAAGGUUCUGGAGGGACAUUCUAUAGAAAAGGAGAAGUUGGAGACUGGAAAAACUGGUUCACUGUGGCAGAGAGCGAAAAUUUUGACAUCACCUGGAAUGAGAAGAUGAACGGUUCGGGAAUCGAAUUUUCAUAUUCAGUACGAUAGUUAACCUCGCCUUGAACUGUGAUUGCACGCAAUGUGCAACUUUAGUGAGUCCGCCAAAAUAUACCUCAUGUACACACCACCUUCAUUUGUUUGAAACAACAGUAAACUGCGGUUACAUUGAAAUCAAGCCCACUACUAUUUUCAGUUCGAUAUAACAGUACUUCGUUAUUCGCAUUUCGACUGAAAUAUGUGGAUGGGAUGA